GGAUUUGACGAUUUUCAUAGUCGCUUUCCGGAAUUAUGCGAGAGUUCUCCGGUUCCACAAGCGGACAUGGAGGCGGCAGUAGAACCGCAAAUUCGCACAAGUGUCUCCCAUCCGUGCCUUUCGAGUCCCAGCGAUGGGCCAACACAGAUCCUCCCAUUCCUUUAUCUCGGUUCGCAGCAAGAUGCCAUGGAUUCCAAAGUGCUUACACCGGAUGCUUUGAAACAGGAAGGGCAUUUCAUGCGAAUACCUGUCAAUGAUACAUAUCAGGAAAAAUUACUUCCUCACUUUGAAGAUGCAUUCAAAUUCCUCGGUAAGCAAUUUCUCUACUUCUAA